AUGUCUCGAGAUCAGGUUUUUCCCGUCAUAAUUGUUGGGGGAGGAGGAUGCGGUCUAUCCAUGUCGUCGUUCCUUUCUGACUAUGGAGUCGAUCACAUUCUGUUUGACUGCAAGGUCGAGGCCUCGGCUCUUCCAAAAGCGCAUUACCUCAACCAGAGGACCAUGGAGACAUUCAGGCUGCACUACAUGCACAAAGAGAUCCAAAAACGAAGUUGUCCGCCUAACCAGAUGAGCCAGGUUGCAUGGGCUACUUCGCUCGGAGGCAAUGGGCAUCUGGACAGAAUCGUGAUUCACCAACUUCCUUGUUUUGGUGGCGGUGACGGUGACCUCAAAGCACAUGCAUACAAAACAGACAGUGCAGCAAGAUCUGCAAAUCUCCCACUCUGCAGAAUGGAGCCCAUCUUGCGGCAAAUAGCUGAGGAAAGAAACCCUGGACGUAUCUGUUUUGGGCAUACAGUCAUCGAUUUUCACGAGUCUGAUGACCAUGUCAAAGUCACCGUCCAAGAUACAGCCGGGAAUCUCUCAACUUAUCGCACCAAAUAUCUCAUUGGUGCGGACGGUGGACGUACCAUUGGGCAGAAGAUCGGUGUCACGAUGCAAGGCGCAACCGGAAUUACUGACAUGGUUUCUGUUCACUUCGGAGCAGACCUCUCCCAGUACUGGAACGACACUUUUUUCGCCUGCCAUUUCAUCAACGGCGAAUGUGGAACAAUCUUCGAGAGCGGAGCCAUAGUUCCCAUGGGGCCAACCUGGGGUAGGCAGUCUGAAGAAUGGGUCAUGCAUUUUGGCUUCGCACUGGAAGACGAAGCCAGGCACCAGGAGGAUAGACUGAUCUCUCGAAUCCGAGAUCUCCUCAAGAUUCCAGAUCUAGAGAUCAAAGUCCACAGGAUCAGUCACUGGAUCAUCGAAAAGGUUGUUGCUGACAAGUAUCAUGUUGGCCGCGUGUUCCUGGCAGGCGACGCCGCGCAUAGACGCCCUCCAACCACGGGACUGGGCCUGAACACGGCGAUAGAAGAUGCUCUCAAUCUAUCUUGGAAAUUGGCCAUGGUCCUCAAGCACAACGUGAACACCAAUAUCCUCGACACUUAUGACCAAGAACGACGACCAGUCGGCAAAAGAAAUGCGGACUGGGGAUUGUUCACCUUCGAGAACUCGGCUGUCAUCAACGCAGCUAUUGGUUUAGUUGCAGGGCAGAAGGAGAGGAACAAGUCCAGGUUCGAGGCAGUAUUUGAAGACUCUUUGACUGGGCGAAGCAUCCAAGCGCAGAUAAAGAAAAUGAUUGAGUCUCAAAGCAUCGAGUUUGGAGCACACGGUAUCGAGCUUGGCUUCACGUACGAGGAUGGACUCAGGAUUUCAGAUGGCAUCGAAGCUCCCGAAGUAGAUCACCUUGGGCAGCAAUACUUCCCCACGACAAGACCAGCACACCGACUUCCUCAUGCAUGGCUGGUCUUGGACGACCGAGUAGUCUCCACACACGAUCUGGUAGGAUCCAAGGGGUCGUUCUUGCUUCUGACCGAUGAUAGUGAGCUUGAAUGGGCCGCAGCUGCAGAACGACUCGGUUUUCAGUACAAGAUCCCUAUCCAGACAGCCCGAAUUGGUGAUUAUUUGAGGGAUUUAACGGAUCAGUGGCAGAGGGUCAAGGAACUCGAGGAUGGGGGUGCAAUUUUGGUCCGGCCGGAUAAUUUUAUUGCUUGGCGAUCGCUGGGACCUUCAAAAGCAAAUGGUCAAGAGCUUGAGGUCGCCUUUGCUGAGUUGUUGGGACUUCCGCCUCCGGUUAUUGAAACGUCGAUGCCGUUAUCAGGGGAUUUACCCAGGGGAAAACUCGUACGUGGAAGAGAUGGUUAG